GCGAGGCACUUCCUGAGGUACCGAGUCGACAGGAGGGUGAAGUUAAUCUAGCUUCUGACACGGCGUCGUGUUAUCAGUUUCGUGAACGAUUUGGCACAUUUGUGCAAGGAAUAGGGUUAGUGUUUUGCAUUAGUGUGAUUAGUUGCAAAGUAAUACAGGAGCUAUGGCGGAGGAGAACACCACUCCGUUACUGGGUGGAGAUGAUGCCAUGGAGUCGGGAAUCAAAGACAGCGAUGGGACUGCUUCUGUACAACCGUCCAGAAGCUCAUCCACCGGAAGAGCGCCAUUCAAGUACCAUAGAGUGUUGUCGGGCAAGGCUUUCAAUGAUUCUUCGAAUCUCAGCGAAGGUCAAAGGGAGUACAACCGGGUGCAGAGAGAAACAUUGUCAUUGUACAGAGAAGUAGCGGAGGGUCCGGUCGGUGGAGCACACAAGGAAAGGGAUGAAGAGGAGCCAUAUGAAAGCCUUGCGAUAAACCUUUCCAACAUUGCUAAUGUUGUGCUCCUUGUUCUCAAGAUUUUUGCGUCGGUGAAGAGCAGGUCGUUGGCAAUCGUAGCGUCUACUUUGGAGUCUUUGUUGGAUCUUCUUGCAGGGGUGAUUCUUCUCUUCACAAGGUGGUCGAUGAGGCGAGAAAAUGUAUAUAAGUAUCCAAUUGGAAAGCUCCGUACUCAACCUGUGGGCAUUGUCAUCUUCGCAGCCAUUAUGGCCACCCUUGGUGUACAAGUGCUGAUCACAGCCGUGGAGCACCUCUUGGAAGGAGAUGACGGAAAUAAAAUGAACUCUAGCGAACUUGUGUGGAUGACGGUGGUGAUGGUAGUCGCCACUGCUGCCAAGCUCGCUUUGUAUCUCUUCUGCCGCACUUUCAAGAGCGAGAUUGUUCACGCUUACUCCUUGGAUCAUGGCUUUGAUGCGCUUACAAACAUUGUCGGAUUGGCAGCAGCGUUGCUUGCAAACCGAUAUUAUUGGUGGAUAGAUCCUAUUGGAGCUCUUGUUUUAGCUGUAUACACUAUCGUCGAAUGGUCCAAGGCUGUGCUUGAGAAUGCAGGAUCACUCAUUGGAAAAGCCGCACCACCAGAAUUAAUUCGAAAGCUCACAUUAAUUACAAUAAGCCACCAUGAGGCAAUUAGACGGAUAGACACUGUCCGGGCUUACACUUUUGGAAGUCUUUACUUUGUCGAGGUGGACAUAGAGUUACCAGAGCAAAUGCACCUGAGAGAAGCCCAUGAUAUCGGAGAAGACCUGCAGAACAAGAUCGAAGAUUUGCCUGAGGUUGAACGAGCUUACGUACACCUUGACUUUGAAUCUAGACAUCGGCCUGAACACACCAGGCAGCGCGGCAAAGCCACAGGUCUGAUGGAUUCCUGAUCAAAAACUCUCCGACUAGGAUGAAUCUGAUCACUGUUUUAAAGCAUUUUAGGCUAAGAAUAGCUGGCAGAAUAGGUUCAGAUGUAGUCUGUUUCUAAUAUGAUAGUCCUUUCACGCCUGCUAAUUCAGGGUAGAACCCCACAUACCCAAGUGAAGCUCGUUUAUGGAACGGCUCUGAGGAUAUCAUUGCCAACUUAAACAUUACAGACUGAUCUUGCACAUCCAUUGAUUUAAAUAAACAUGUAAGAAAUAGGAAAACUGGGUAGAGCACACCAUGCACAAUGGAAGUGUUGGUAGAUUAAUCGGCCAAGUGGCUCUGAGAUGGAAAUCUCACAUUGUGUUAGAAUUCCAAAUUCCUGAACACACAUCAUGUGAAGGUUGUAACAUUUGUUUUUGUGCUUCUAGUUUCAUGCAACGUCCUUAUUUUUGCA